GCCUGGGGCAGCCGCUGCCGCAGCCAUGGCCGAGGGCUCGGAGAAGGUACCCAUCGCCCGAGCGGGGCCCGAAGACGUGGAGCAGGGCCUGCCGCCCGCGUACACGGCAGCAGUGCCCCCUCCAGGGCCAGGGCGGCUGCUGAAGGCAGGGGCCACAGUGCUCAUCGCUGGGGCCCUUCUGCUGCUGGCUGGGGCCAUCGGCGCCUUCUACUUCUGGAAAGCCACCGAGAGGCAGGUGUACAACGUUCACUAUACCAUGAGCAUUAAUGGAAAAGUGCAGGACGGAUCGAUGGAAAUAGAUGCCGGAAACAACUUAGAGACAUUCAAAACAGGAAGCGGGAGUGAAGAGGCUGUUGAAGUUCAUGAUUUCCAGAUUGGCAUCACCGGCAUCCGAUUUGCUGGAGGAGAGAAGUGUUACAUCAAGGCCCAGCCCAAAGCUCGCGUGCCUGAGGUGGAUGCCAUGACCAAGGCCAGCCUGUCCUCUGACCUGGAAGAUGAAAUCAUGCCUGUUAGAUUUGAUGAAAACUCUCUUAUCUGGGUGGCUGCAGACGAGCCCAUCAAGCACAACGGUUUCCUAAGCCCCAAAAUUUUAGAGCUUUGUGGGGAUCUUCCGAUUUUCUGGCUUCGACCUACAUAUCCCAAAGAUAAACAAAGAGAAAGGAGAGAAAUGAAGAGAAAUAAACGCCAGUCCGAGUCAAACUUCGACGCAGAAGACACAGCAGCUGCUGUUAAAGAAGUGAACACCAGGUCCACCCCCACCCAGCUGAUUCAAGAGCUUGGCCCCCAGCCUAAUGAAACCAGGCCAAUGCAGCAAGAAAGCGACCAAACACUUAACCCAGACAACCCAUACAAUCAACUGGAAGGUGAAGGGAUGGCUUUUGACCCCAUGCUGGACCACCUAGGCGUGUGCUGCAUCGAGUGCAGGCGAAGUUACACGCAGUGUCAGAGGAUCUGUGAGCCUCUGCUGGGCUACUACCCGUGGCCAUACAACUACCAGGGCUGCCGCACCGCCUGCCGUAUCAUCAUGCCCUGCAGCUGGUGGGUCGCUCGCAUCAUGGGCGUUGUGUGAGAAAGCUUUGGGCUCCUGGAAGAAGCCAGCAGGAGUCUGACAACGCCAAACCGAUGAAAGACUACGACCGAAGCGGCGUGGCCAAUCCUGGCUUCUAAAUCCAAACAGUGCUAAAAGCAAGGGCAGGUAUUCUAAGUGUAAAUAAACUCUUAAAUUAAGGCGCCAUUAGCUUUACCGAUGACAAAGAGCAUGCUAGCAGGCACUGAAUUCCAAACUAAGAAGCCUCAAAACAGACAACGCUAACUUUGCUCACAAGCUGGUUUAGCCGUCUAGAAAGCUUGUUCAUAAAUCCAAAUUCAGACUUUCAUAACAAAAACCUCUCUCUGAGCUAGACGUGAAAAUUUAUGUCCAAUUAGGCAACUGGCUAAACUUGUACACUUGGGAGUACCUUUCAUCCACGUAGCUUACCUAAAUAAAUCACAAGUUAAGUCGCACCCCGUUGCUAUCCGUACAGGGCUGCCAGGUCAUUAUGAAUGGUUAUAAACCAAUUACAGCAUACCUUUCCCACAAAGCUGCUCCAGGGGACAUGGGAAAGCUCACAUCGUGUUUAAUCAGAAACAAACGGCAGGAAGAGGGGCUGUGGGAUGGAAUCUGUGUGGCUGCAGAAUCAAAACCCUUCGCACAUCCCGACAUCAAAGCUACCCCGGCAUCAAGAGUCUUGUAUCCAUGAUACCACUGCAGUGUCUGACAAAUAUCUGCCAUCCAGAGACUGCAGCUAGAGUAUUUACACCCAACUGUAGGCCAAAGAGUCUCAAGGCCCUUCCGAAUCGACAAGAGCCACUGUUAUUUAUAAACCCUUCAGCUAGACACUUUGGACACAAGAUUACAACCCCUCCUUAUUCUACAUGGAUAGCGGUUGUUCACGGCCUUCGCUGGAGCUAACCUCUGUUCCCUACAAGAGAAAUUGCUUACUGGUAAAUGGGAGGCAAAAAAGAUUUUAACCUCACCCUUGCUGCUCAGGCAAACUGUGCAAUUAGAGGGAUUGAUCCCAUGACGUAUUACAUCUCUACGGAAGGUACUGCACUGCAGUACUCACGCAGGAUGGGAUGACUUGGGAUUCCUAGCCUUUGAACAAAAAUAGAAGCAUUGCACUGCCUUCAUCCACACCACAUCUUAAACUCCACCCUUGAGUUCACGGAGCCAUUUACACAGGUGUUAUAAAAAGAAAGGUCCAACCUUUUAAAGCUCACUUUCUGAAGCAUUCGUUUUUGUGACUAAACAGCUCCCGAGAUGUUGCAAGCCAAAGCAAUGUUAUUAGCACUGCAUCACACACCAAAAAAGGGAAUUAAUUUGACAUAAUCGUGGCUUAAAGAAAAUAAAGACAACCUCAUGCAGAAUGCUAAACAGCGUAUCUGAAAAGCAAAGUGUUAAGCGAGGGAAGAUGAGAACAGAAUUCAGUAUUUUGUUCUAUUAUUAUUAUAAAUAAUCUUCGCCUUCCCUUAAUCUCCAGAACAAACUUGCUUUGAAAUAUUUAAACUGGAAACUUCUUAGAGUGGGAUUUCAAGGCCUGUUACAUUUGAGGUUUUCGCUCUUUUGAAAGAAAAUGACCUUGAUCAUUACGUUGUUUUAGAAGCAUGCCA